CAGCCCACUUUAAAGGAUAUUGACAUGUAUCAGUCAUUUAAAGGAUCUCCUUCAGAUCUACACCUGGUGGAUCAGUUUAUGCUCGAAAUGUGUAAAAUACCUAACAUGGGCCAACAGUUGGAUCUUCUGCUUGCCAUACGGGAACUUCCAGCCUCCAUGGCAGAACUGGAGCCACUCAUCAGCCAGAAAAUCUGUGCAUGCAAACAGCUACAAAACAGCCCAAGGUUUGUUGCUGUGCUGUGGUAUAUCUUAGCCAUGGGGAACUGUUUGAAUGAAAAAGCAGGGAGAGAGAAGGCCAAGGGGUUCCGGCUCUCUUCUUUGACCAGAUUAUCAUUGCUACGAGGCAAGGAACGGAGCUUCACCUUGAUGCAUGCCCUUGUGGAGCAGAUCUUCUUACACAAUCCUGAUUUGGCUGAGUUUCCUCAGGAGUUGACAGAAUUUAAAGCUCUGUCUGGAGCCUCCAUCAAAGGUCUCAGUGCUGAAGUUGAAGUUUUACAGAAAGAAUUAGAAAGCAUCAGUGAGUGCAGAAGUCAAAUCAAACCCAAGGUUAUCAAGGCAGAAACUCUGGAGUCACAGUUCUACAAAGAAGUAAAGGAUCUGAUUAAGAAGUAUGAAGGAGACCUUUCUCAACUCUCUAGAAGAUGCGCAGAAAUGAAGAAGGCCUACCAUGAAAUCCUGGUGAAAUUUGGAGAAGCGGAAGAUCAAGACUCUGAAGAGUUUUUCGGCUGGAUUUCGGCAUUUAUCAGUGAUUUCAGGAAGGUCUUGCUGGAAAUUAUGUCAUGAUAGUGGAAACAGAACUUUUUUGCCUCAAUCAUCAGUCGAAUGAUGGAUGUUGUAUUAGUUGUAAAGAACACACCCUCCGCAAGUUGAUGUGACAUAGGUUUUCAUAGGCCUGUGGUGGCUUGAAAUGUCUGAAUACUAUUCUAUUUCCCUUCUCCGUCUUCCUCAGAACAAGCCUUUGGAUCUCAUCUGAAGAUAGAAAAUAAGGCAUUGCUAGAAAUCUGGAGACCGAAGGGCAAAACUUCCAUGCCAUGGAAGGAGGCCCUGUACGUGUGCUCAGUGAAGGAAAACCUGAGACCUUAAGUACACACUGUCUGAAGGCCAAAUAGUUUUCAAGGUUUGGUUUCCAUAACUGGAAUUUACAGUACAUAUUCUGAACCUAAACAACAGCAUAAUCUGACUGCUGAGGAGGGAUUUUUCCCUGCUGUUUCCCUGAUUGAAAUUGUCACCCAUUUCAAUACAUUUACCUGAUUCUGAGCAUUUUAAGGGGGUUCAAACCUGCCCCAAGGGAAAUAAAUUAGCAUGUGAUUUCCCUAAUUCUUCAUUGCUUGGCGUAAUUUGACAAAAUAAUCUAUCAUGUGUUGCAGUGAACAGUGGACUAAAAUGGAAAACAUUUCUGAAAAAAAUCAUAGUCAGCUAAUAAAGACAGACAAUAAAGGAAGAAUAGAAAAAGAGACUAGAUUCCUUAUGUGAUACAAGAUCAAAUAUAAUGCCUUUUUGAUGGAGGAAGACAGUUUUUGAAUAAUUUGCUGCUGGAGUGUUCUGAAAUAUCAGUUGAGCUGGUGAGAAGGACAGAAUUUCAGGGGGAAAAAGAGGGCAAAGCAGUUUAACAGGAACUAAAUAAUGCAUUUCCCAUCUAACUAGCUUUACUUGUCUGAAGAAAUAAUACCUUCCCCAUCUACAGCUAGCUUGGGUGUUAGCUCUAAUAACUGCACAAUUAAUUGAAGGAUAUCAUGUUGUCUGUGAGAAGCAAGGAGUACACCUGCAAAUGUUAAGACAGAUUAUUUUGUUGGUUUUGAGUGACCUUGAAAAGUCAAAGUGGUGUUACAGUUCUUGGGACAUAAGAAGGAUAAUCAAGACACGCAGCUUUCUGUGAGGUGGUUGCUAGAGAUCUGCCUGAAUUACAACUGAUCUCCAGAGAUAUGAUCACCUGGAGAAAACAGCUGCUUUGAUCAGAGGACUUUAUUCCCCACUGAAA